AUGCCAGACGACAAAGCUCCCAAAGACCGAACCUAUCCCCCUCCUCCCAUGGACCCCUUCCCCACCUAUCAAACGCCCUUCCCUCGCUCGAGCAAGGACGACGAGCAGAACCCGUUCAUUCAAUUCCGCCGUUUCGCCGACGAACAAGUCUCGUCACUCUUCUCAGGCUUCCCACAAUUCUUCGGGUUGUCGUCGGGUGGGAGUGACCAUUGGAAGAGAGAAGUCGAAGACAUCAUGCGCCAGAGACAAGAAUGGGAAGAGGGAUUCCGCAAGAAAUUCGAGCAGGAGAUGGAGGAGAUGAGGCAGCAGUUGGAGAAGUCGAAAACCGAGGCUUGGAUGAGUAUGGAGGAUGCGUGGAAGCAGCAUUCUAAGCAGGGCGAGAAGAAGGACGAAGGUGCGCCCACGCCUUGGUGGACAAAAGGCAAGGCUGCACAGUGUCCCGCGUUGAACGAGCAACGGCCACAGAACAAUGCGGGAAAGUGUCCUGCUCUGUACGAUGAAAAGGGACAACCCAGGACCGAGUUGGAUGCCUACAACGCUUUACAGACAGGCAGUGACAAGCAGGUCCAAGUCUUCCAGGCAUCCGCUCCAGAGUCACCAAAGAAGCCGUCCAGAUCGUGGUUCUCUGCCCUCGGCUGGGAUGGGCAACAGAAGGAGAGAUCGUCGCACAGCGACGCCGCCUCUACCGAAGACGCAAUGGUUGAGAGCGAGAAACCCCUAGGUCGGCCGACAACCUAUUCGCUGUGGGCGGCCCGGCGUAUGCAGCCAUUCGAUAACGCCGAUGAAACCAUUCCUUGGCUUAUGUUGAGUCCAUACUCACCCAUCUAUCUUUGUAACCCAGCCCAGUCACGGCUGUUCAAAGUCAAAGUUCAAGAUUCGGAAGGUGCUCCUUUACAGAUCUCCAGCGCCAGGUUCUUUGAGAGAUGGUAUACAGAUGUCGACGAGAAGAUGGCGACCCGGAAGCCGUGGGCUGAUGCCUUUGAGGAUUUGCUGAGUCUCCAGCAGACUGGGAAGAUGGUGGACAGGGACAACUGGAACACGUGGCGCACACCAAGCACUUGGAUUCAUGACAUGGUCAACCGCGGCAGUCUCGGAAACCGAUGGGGAUUCAAUGAACAAGGGCUGUUGGUCAAGCGAAAUGACCCAACCAAAGCGAACCUAGAAACUGCACCUGAAAGCAAAGAGGAUCGAUGUGCCAGAUGGCGCAAAAACCGCGACUGUCGCCGCAAUAAGUCCUCCGAAUCUACCCCUGCUCCUGCACAGUUGCCAGCAGGCGACGGAAAUGCCCUUGUCGACAAGGUUACCGAAGCACUAGCACCAUUCCCACUCUUCGGGAGCAUCAUCUCUGCCGCUGAUGCAAUCGUUUCAGCCGUUGAUCAAGCGUCCCAAGGGCGCACAAAAACACACGCACAAGCUAUGUCCUCGAACGACGCGUCGACUUCCCAACACCAGUCCAUUGCCGCUACCCGGGAGCAAAGCGAAAGCACUUCCUCAACCCACUCAGCAUCGACAACUUCGUAUGUAUACGACUCCUCAGUUCCAUCUCCUGCAAACUCCAUUAUCUCCACCUUGACAACCACCACGACACGCACCCUCCCUGACGGCUCAGUGGAGACUAAACGCGUUUUGAAACGCCGCUUUGCCGAUGGAUCGGAAGAAUGUGACGAGAGAGUGGAGGUCAGGAAUGCUCCCUCGGGGAAAGAGGCCGAUACCAACGCAGAGAUCAGAAGUGCUUGGCCCAUCGCAAAUGCGACACAGACAAAGGACAAAGAGACCCAAACUCAGAUGCAACCUGGGGGUUGGCAGCAAGAAAUGCUCGAAGACGCUCGUCCGCAACCGCGACAUCUCGAGGAACCGAGGCAAUCGCGAAGACAAUAUCCCCGGAGAAUCCCCAUCAUCAACGAGGAUGAGAACGGGAAUGGGGAUGUGCCUACGGCCGAAGUCCAACCGCCACAGACGCCUCAAGAGAGCAAAACCGAAGCUGAGACGCAGACUCAGCAACAAGGCACCGCCACCAAACGGAGAGGAAGCGGGUGGUUCUGGAAUUAA